GUGCUUAUUAUUUUAUACAUAUAAAAACAGCUACUGGAAAACAAAGUGUGCUACUUUUAGUUUAUGUGUAUGUAUUAUUUUAAACAUAUAUACAUAUAGUAAUUAAUCAUAUUAUCAAAAUGAAGAUGAUACUGUUUCGCAAAUUCAGAGUACUAAUCCUGAUGGUGUUUCUCAUCGCGUGUACCAUGCACAUCAUGAUCGAUUUAUUACCAAAGCUCGAGAAGCGGGCGGCGGGUCCUGCUACUGCAGGGAACAGCGGAUGUUCCUGUUCAAACAGACCGAGCGAAGAGCCUCAGAACUGGGGCAAGCAGCGUUCCAGGACCGGAGCAGAAUCUGGCUGGCCGAACAAGCACACCCUGCGGAUUCUUCAGGAUUUUAGCAAUGAGCCGAACUCUAACCUGUCCUCCCAUUCACUAGAAAAAAAUACAGGAUCAGCGGACAAAACCGAGCCUUUUAAACGACUUGAACAAUAUAGCCAGCAUGGGAAUAUUGACAGCAAACAGUUUAUCCAGGAAACGAAUACCAAUAAAAUUCAACCCGUUAUGGGAUACUCGAAACUGAACGUCCUGUUUGAGCACUCCCUUUACAAAAUUCAGGUCCCGGGGCUCACUGAAGAGGACACCUUAUUUAAUGUCAAUACUGAUAUCAGAUUUAACCCAAAAGCAGCUGAGAAUCCAGAAUGGAAAAAUGAAGGGAAUGAUGAAGAGGUGUAUGUUCCAACUGGGGAACCUUCCGCAGAUUCCUAUCCAAAUUGGUUAAAAUUCCACAUUGGGAUUAAUCGAUAUGAACUGUACUCUCGGCACAAUCCAGUGAUCGAUUCUUUGUUAAAGGAUCUAGUCUCGCAAAAAAUUACCAGCGUUGCUAUGAAAUCGGGAGGCACCCAGCUUAAACUCAUCAUGACAUUCCAAAACUAUGGACAAGCGCUUUUCAAACCGAUGAAGCAAACAAGGGAACAGGAAACACCCCCGGACUUCUUCUACUUCUCUGAUUUCGAGAGGCACAAUGCGGAGAUCGCAGCUUUUCACCUCGAUAGGAUCCUGGAUUUCCGACGUGUGCCUCCAGUUGCAGGCAGGCUUGUCAACAUGACUAAAGAAAUCAAAGAUGUGACUCGGGACAAAAAACUGUGGAGAACGUUCUUCAUCUCACCAGCCAAUAAUAUCUGUUUCUACGGCGAGUGCUCGUAUUACUGCUCUACGGAGCACGCUCUGUGCGGGAAGCCAGAUCAGAUUGAGGGCUCGCUGGCUGCUUUCCUCCCAGACCUGGCCUUGGCCAAGCGGAAAACCUGGAGGAACCCCUGGAGGCGUUCCUACCACAAGCGCAAGAAAGCAGAAUGGGAGGUAGAUCCAGACUACUGUGAGGAGGUCAAACAGACGCCUCCCUAUGACAGUGGCACCCGGCUCCUGGACAUCAUGGACAUGACCAUCUUUGAUUUCUUGAUGGGAAAUAUGGAUCGACAUCACUACGAAACCUUUGAGAAGUUUGGAAAUGAAACUUUUAUCAUCCACUUGGAUAAUGGCAGAGGGUUCGGAAAACACUCCCAUGAUGAGAUGUCUAUACUGGUGCCUUUAAGCCAAUGCUGCAGAGUAAAGAGAUCUACCCACCUGCGACUGCAGCUCCUAGCUAAGGAGGAGUACAAGCUGAGCGAGUUGGUGGAAGAGUCUUUACUGCGAGACAAGCUGAUGCCCAUCCUCAUAAAACCCCAUUUGGAAGCCAUGGACCGCAGGCUGCGGGUGGUGCUCAAAGUGCUAAGUGACUGCAUUGAGAGGGAUGGUUAUAACAAUGUGGUGGAAAAUGACCUUGACAGUGCCACUGCUAACACGAUCACAAGCACGAGGUAGUAGCGUCCAACAGGAGUGUGUUUUUUUCUAGAAUACUAUUAUGAUUAAUAUAAAAGGAAAGUCUUGCAAAAGACUAUUGAUGCCACUUUUUGAAUUCAAUGAAUUCAGAGCCUCUGUGUUAUCCCCUAACCAUGUAAAAUAUGUAGGACACAAACAAAACAGAAAUUGUGUUUUAAAAUAAAAGUUGUAUUGCUUAUUUUAAUAGUACAUAGAGGGGGGGGGAUUAAUUGCUAAGAUUUUAAUGUUGUUUCUUUCUGUCAUUUUUUUUUAUUUCCAUUCCCCAGCCAUUCUUCUGUAUUUUUUGAAUAUAUACAUAUAUUGAAGCAGGAACAAGUCACACAACAGCUCCCAUUUUAACCACAUGAGCACAAGCACUCAUCGGAGUAUAAUCAAUACAAAUCAUACAUCCAAAUUAAAUGAUGUAAAGUCUUCAUAAAUACACAAAUAAAUACACAGUACAUCACAAAACCACAAUUUGUAUUCCAAACAUAGGACCGGGUCUGAUAGCAAGCAGGACUGUAAUGUUUAAGUCAGAAUUACAAAAGCAUUACCUUUGGAGUUUUGUAGGGAAUCCAGUCCAUCCAUAACUUAAAAAAUUCAAUCACAUGAUUUACAGUAGUGAUAAAACUGUAAGGAAGCUCACUCACUGGAUCCACCUUACAAAGGGACAACCUGUCUUCAAGAGGAGUGAAAUUAGCACCACAUAUAGAAAUGAUACAAUUCCUGCAUUUCUUAUCCCAAAUUACUGUAAUAUAUGAGAAUGGCCACUGUAUUGUAAACCCUCAGAUUACUGGAGUUGCUCUUCCACUGGUUUAAGGCACUUCUCAUGACAGAGCUGCUCAUUAUAACACUACUCAUGUCAUGCUUUUAACUUAAUUUCAGAUACUUCAUCUCAAUGAAUAACAUUUUUUGUACACUUUGCCUCUUCAUUAUGCUUCACUGUUGUAGACUUAAAAAGUGUUCCAGACUUGCAGAAAGAUGUUUCAGUAUCAUUAGUUUUGCUUUUCUUCGAAGAAAAAAACGGAACAGCUCUGAACAAUGCCAGUCCUUGGUUAUUUCAGGUUUCUCUGUGAAUUGAAAAAUGUUUGCCUUUUAAGAACAGAAAAAAAAAAAAAUUAGCUACUACAGAAAAUCAGCUCUCUUAUCCGUUGCAACAGUAUGUGGAUGUUCAAUAUUCAGUGGGUCGUUUUGCCCAAAUUCUAUUGACAUUUUUAAGAUGUCGGUUCUCAGUUGUUGAUUUUGCAGACUGUAAUCCAAUUUUCACAUUGGAAUCAAGGCUUGUGCCUGUCUAAUAUGUCUUCUGUUUGAAAUGGAUGAAAGGCAAACAUUUCUGCUCUAGGUCCUGAAUGUAAAGUGAGAAGGUGCUGCUUGUUGUUUAGAACAUUGGAAUGGCAUUGCUCUGAUGGUGACUCCGACAUAAUCCCAAUCUGUGACCAUUUAAUUCAGAUUCUGUAUCUUUUUUAUUGGUCAUUUUCUACCUAUUUCACUUUUGCCCUAUGUGUUUAUCAUUGCAAUUGUGACCUUUUACUGACACAAUUAAAAAUAGAUACUCACUGAUGUUGCAUAGCAGUUUGAGCCAUUACAGUGUUUACAAAUGAGUUAGCCACACUUUCUGAGUAAGAUGUUUAGGUGUGUAUAAGUUCUGUAAUUAAAGCUGGAAAUGACUCUUACUGCCUUCCUUGAACACAGUGGCUGAAACAAUUCACACAGCAUUACAUUUCCAAGUGUUAUUUCAAAUAUCAUUUUGCAUUCCCCUGUACUGAAAAUCACAUUUCUUUAAACUUUCAUCCUCGAUUCUAUAGCAUCCUAGAGCCUGUACUUGAAUAAAUCUGCUGACAACUGGGCACAGGGGAGGCCUGCAACAUAUGGAAAUGUUAAUGAUCUUAGUUCAGGGCAUGCAUACAUUUGGACGUUAGUUUGUGUUAUCGCUGAUCAUUUAAAACUAGUGUAUGGUCAUGCAAGCCGUGACUGCAGUUUAAUUAAAGCCAACAAUAUCUGAUUAACUGGUUUAAUGCCUCUCUUUAAAAUAGUGAUGUUGCACAACCUACCUGUGACUGCACUUUGGCAUGCAAGCUAGCACAUAUUUCAUGAAAAAUACAUUUUUAUUCAAAUGUUUUAUUAUGUAGAAAGGUGUUAUGCAUGAAGGUAUGCACAUUAAUCAUCUAGUGUUGUUUUUUUUUUUGGUUUUCUUUUUGCUUUAUAUUUCCUAAAACCAAAGCUAGAUAUCCUAUUUGCCUUUGACAUUUCUAUAUCUCAGCCCAGCCACAAACUUCCUGACUGAACUGAGGCAUGCUACUUGAUAGCUGUUAAAAGAGUCAGAAAAGACCGCAGUUGGGCUAUACGUGGAAAUAAUGUAUAGUACGUAGCAAGCUGUUUUCUGUUUGUUUUCAGAUUUACUGGCACCGGUAAUCUGCCAUGUUGUUUUGUUUUGUCAGUAAAUAGUCACAAAAAAAUUUGAACAGUGUAAAGAGAGUAGAAUUUCCUGUAAAUACGGCGCCACCAAGCAGUGAGUUGACAUGAAAGCCACCAGAAAUCCCAAAGCAUCUCCUCAAGAACUGAGAAAACAAAAUCAUCCACAUAAAAAUGAAAGCUGUUAUCAACAAGAAUAUAUUUAGAUUCCGCUUAUCUCUUACAGUAUCUCUUCAUGACAUUUCCAAAUAUUCAGAGUGGUUAUUAUUGAGUUACAGCUCUGGGUAGUUACCAGAUGUUUGAGUAAUCGCAAUGGUCUCCAACCCAGAUGACUGGAAAUGGCAGCCUCACUUAUUAUAUUUGUUAAAAAUCAUGAUUUAUUUGAUUAAAUUAUAAAACACUUUUUAAUCACAGUACUUACUUUGAACCCACGUUGUGGCAAGGUAUUUAGAGUGUACUUCACAUACAUCUGUAUUGUGGUGCUAAUAAUAUAAUCUAUUGUACCAUCACUUUUGAUUUGGCCUGUGAACAAUUUUGUAUACAUAGUUUGGGAACUGUUCACCAAAGUUUGUAAUAGAUUAAAUUAAAUGCAUAUACAUAUAUGGGUAUGUUAAAGAUACCAACACUUUAAAUAAAUCAUUGAAGCUUUGUGAAAAGGGACCCAUUUGCCUCUCCAAUGAGAUAAGAUGACGUUACAUGAACUGUAAGUACAGUAUUAGUACAUGGCAAGGACAGCUUGAGUCCCUUAGUACCAGGUUUGAAUAUUAUACUUAGAAAGUCAAAAUGUCAAAAAUCUGAGUGAAGAUUUCUAGUACUCCUUAUAUGUGCCAGACACUUCCUUAAUUAACUGUAAGAAAUUAAACAGAUUUUUUAAAGACCCAUGGAGAAAAAUUAGUCUGUUUUUUUUUAAAAGCUUUAUUUUCUUCAUGUUUUCAGACUACUAAUGCAUGAAUAUUGUAUCCUCCAAGUGUUUUUUUUUUUUCCAUUUCCUUUAAUACUUUAAGAAACUCAUUUUGUGGCAUCUAAUCAUAUCAUCCCAUACAGGUGAUCGGGUGUUAACAACUCGUUUCAACGACAAACAUGUCUAUACAUUUAUUUUAUUCUAUAUAUUUUGUUGUUAUUUAUUAAAUAUAAAAAUAUAAAGAAGAUGAUCAGAUUUGUUUUUAGUGUAGUUUGAAGUCCGGUUGUCAAUCUCAUGCUGAACUUUAGAGAGUACAUUGUACAUUUCAAUGUUGUUGGACAGCAGAGUGCAAUGCUAAAAAAAAAGAAAAAGAAAGAAAGAAAAAUAAAACUGAAAGUUAACAUAGUGCCUGUGUAAUGACACACAUACUUGAAUGUUGGGCUCACUAAAUGUGAUAUGAAAUGUACAUCUGGAUAGGGAAACAAAAAGUGGUUGCAGGUUUCAUUUAGACUGUGGCAGUAGAGUUGCUCCUUGGUUGUCUUUCUUGUCUGAUUUUCAUAGCUCUAUGUAAAUAAAUAUAAAUAGUUGGACAACGAAAAUGCUGCUUUCUGCAGCCAUAGGCUUCAAUUUAUUUUGCAGUGUUUCUGUGGAAUUUGUUUGCAACGUGGUGAAAGUGCAAUAAAGAUAUGGCAAAUG